CCAAUCGAAUUUUGUUACCAAAAAAAAGAAGAAGAAAAAAAGAUACUUUGAUAGCUUCUCACUGUCCUUCCCCCCUGAAGCGAUAUUCACAGCUCGAUUAUUAUUUCUCGCGCUUUCUGAGAAGUGAUUAUAGUGAAGAGAUCGAAAGGUAAAAAGAAGUUCUCCUUUUUUCUUUUCUGGGUCAUCAUACCUGAUGCUUCCAGGUCAGCGACUCUCUUAUUCUAUAUGGGUUUCUGUGCUGACCAUCUUUCUCUACACAAUCCUUUGGCCAUGCUCGCUGAGUGGUUGCAACUGAUCACCGCUGCCGCCGUGUUUCUGGUGUGUUCGCAUGCAGCGACUCCUUACUAUGGUACCGAAAUAGGACCCUUCAAACACUAUGCCCAUGAUGUUCAGGGAACAGUAUACGCUGUCGACGAUCGAACUAUAUUCAUAAAGGACUUUUCUUACGAUGGACAAGGACCAGAUGCCUUUUUCUGGGCUGGUUCCACAUCUAAACCGGAUACUUCAGGUUUUAUAAUUCCAGAUGAAAAGGGAAAGAAAACUCCUCUCCUAGAGUACAGACGGACGGAUCUGCUUCUAAGAUUGCCUGCAGGGAAAACAUUACGAAACAUUAAGUGGAUAGCUGUCUGGUGCAGAAAGUUUACAGCAAAUUUUGCUGAUAUCUUCAUACCGUCUGAUCUUAAAAUCCCUCAACCUUUGGAGAUCGGUCGAUUGCCGACAAAAGAUCACGGUGUAUCAUCAGGGCCUGUCAUGGUAGUCGACACACAGACUCUUCUAGUUCCAGAUUUCUAUUACGAUGGACUCGGACCAGCUGGUUAUUGGUGGGUUUCGAGAGGAUCUCGUCAACACCCUAGAGGUCUUCGCCUGGCUAAUGAAGAUGGCAGCUUGGCUCCCCUCGCCAAGUACACAGGUCGCACAGUGGUGAUAACACUACCGGACGAGUACACCGUCCAUGACUUUGACUGGUUUGGUGUAUGGUGCGAAGAAGCGCAAGUCGAUUUUGGUAGUGUCGCACUUCCCCACAACAUCGUAGUACCACCUUCACCUAGGACACUGGGGAUUGAACUUGAGUACAAGCUGAAUUGUGAGGUUUUGCGUGACGACCUUGGUUAUGAGGUUAGGUGGAUUAUGGAUGGAGAAGAUAUCGUCAUGCAGCUAGUUGCUAGACUUGAGACCGGUGAUUACAUGUCUUUCGGUCUGAGUAAGAACGAUAGCAGAUCUGAGAUGGUGAAAGCAGACGCCAUUGUUGCCUGGAUAGACAAGAAGAGGAAGGGACACGCCGUCGACUAUUACCUAGAGAGCAAAGAACAAUGUGUUGGACGACGUGGUAGCUGCCCCGAUACUAAAUUCCCUGAUGGUCAGAACAGUGUCACUCUUCUGAAUGCUGCUGCUGUCAACGGUUACACCAUGGUCACAGUGAAGAGACCUCAAGUGGGAUUGGAUGAGAAAUAUGAUCAGCAUAUUUAUUCAGAUGGUCCUCAGGCAAUUAUAUGGGCAAUUGGACCAUUGAAUGACAAAGGGGAAGUUUCUUACCACGGGGCCAUGCGAUCAGAAGGUGACGUCUACAUCGAUUUCGCCCGAUCCCCGCAAUGGAACUGUCCUCAACCUCUUGAGCCAGACACAGAACCUCCACCCACCACUACGACUACUAGAAAGCCGACCAAAAAACCGGAACGAAAACCCACUACCCCCAGCAGCCGAAGUCGUAGACCCCAACAUCAACAAUACGCCAGUAGGACAGCUGCAUCGGAUGUCCGAGUGAGCGAGGCUAAAGUGAGCACUGCCUGGCAUGUCCCACCCAUUGUUUGUCCGGCAGAUAGAACAUUCCGAGCUCAAAUUGGACCAUCUGGCGGUAAAAAGGGGUUUCAAGCUAUAACUGGUCAGGUGGGUUGGGGCCUUGCUUGGUACAUCAAUGGAAUGCUCAUUCCCGAACUAACGGUGGAAAGAGGCAAGACUUACACUUUCAUUGUGGAAGGGGGCGAUGAUCCUGAAAAUCUGGCUCGCACACACCCCCUCUAUAUCACAGACGAUCCUGAAGGAGGAUACGAAUACAAGACCAGCGCCGAGAAAAAGAGAGUAAAAGUUUAUGCUGGCGUUUCGAGCGACAGAAGAGGAAAACACACUCCGUCUGCAAAGGGGCGCAUGUGCGAGUAUAAACUUCCAAAGAACUUAGCAGUUGAUGAUUUUGCAACAUUCGAAUUAUUCCAAGAGAAUUUGGAGCUCAAAUGCGAUCGUGGCAAACAGGGACGUUUGACUUUCAAACCAGACAAGGACACUCCAGAUCUUCUUUAUUACCAGUGUUACACGCACAGACACUUGGGCUGGAAGAUACACGUAGUGGAUUCCUGCCAGGACACCCUACGGCAUGAGGCUAGCAUACAACAUGUGAGGAACAUAACCUACAACUCCUUUGAAAGCGACUACAAGAGAGGAGGGGAGAAAAAGAAACUACCUUCAUAUGCCAAAGAGAGUUGGACGGAGGAAUCAAAAGAGAUUGAAGACGACUUCUUAAACCUACAGCUCAAAACACCAGCUUAUGAAGAACCACAUCAUCGCCCUUCCACACCAGAAACGAAAGAGCGCACUCAAUAUUUCUACACCACUCCCGAGCAGAGAAGUUUGUAUAAGUUCAAAACGACGCGUCCACCUCCGCCACCCACGCAAAGGCCAGUGACAAUGGAAUCAUUCAAUCUCGGUGACGUCAUCCACUCGCCCGGUCCCAGAGGUAAUUAUUUCUACAACAAUCAGCAAGCCCCUUCGAACCAUAAACAGAGGUACCAGUCAGAAGCGAUCAAAGUGAAAGUGUACCAACCACCGCAAAGCUCGGUAGCACCGCAGCAACAGCAGUACAAGCCAAGACCGCAGCACCAUACGCAGCAGGACAUUUUGGGAGCUGUGGACGCUCUCCGGUCGCAAAUAUCCGUCAUACAAAAUGCCCGAAAAGAAAAGCCGCUGAGGGAUGACGAUGUCCGACAUUACCGCACCCAGCAGCGGCAUAAUGGUUACAGAAACGUCACCAGACAGCCACCGCAACAUUCGAAAGAGCAAUCCCUGUCGCAGAUCUUCGCGGUGGCAGGUCGCAACGGACAGAGCGUGAUACCCGUUAUCUUGCAUUCUACUGGGAAAAAUCAACGGCCAUUUGUUCCUCCAAGCCGUCCCCAAACAAGGCGACCCGCAGAAACAAAAUACCACCCUUACGCAGCAGAAGCUUCCUCAUACUUGCCGGUCAUCGUUCAAAGAGAGACUGCGAACAGAUCUCGAGAUGUUCCUCUCGUCCCUGUAGUUCUCGACAAAUCCGAAAGCAGGAAUUUGCACACUCUGCAGCAAGUCCUCUCGAUGCUCAACGCGAAUCCGCAAAGCGUCAAGAUACUCAACUUAAACCAUCAUCGUUCGAGAAUAACCAGAAGUGCUGAUCAUCACCAUGGUCAUGACGGUCACGAUCACGAUGACCACGGCCAUGAGCACGAGGAUCACGAUCAUAAACACGAGGGACACGAAAUGCACCACAAGUCCAAGAAAUCUUUUGGGAUCAACCUCUUUAUGCCUUUUCAGACUCUGGUCAUCGCUUUCAUUGCAUCCGGGUAUUUGAGUCGAAGGCUGGUCUAGAAGACUCGUUUCAUCUUUGCAAUAUAGCCAUAAGUCAUUAUUUGUGUAUUUAUCUGUUGUAUAAAAUAGUGUAAUAUUUUUUUCUGUGAUGUAUAGAGGAUGUUUAUUAUAUCUGAACAGAUACUCAGGGUGUUUAUUGUUUUAUCCAUAUGUACUAUAGAGGAUAAAAUUAGCAGUCGCCGCCUGCUAUACAAAUGGUGGUGAUUAAUAAAAUAACUGCCAGUCACCACUCGAUCAUCAUUUCUUUCUUCAAAAAUGCAAUGCGCAUUUUAAAACUUUUUUUAAUGAGUAUGAAAUUACUAUGAGUAUUUAAUAAUAUUCUGAAAAAUAUUUUAUUUUACGUUUUUUUAAGAAAAUUUUCUUAAUUUUAAAAAUUUCACAAUGUUUACCAGAUUAUGAGGUACAUUUAUAUAGCCAAUAUUAUGCAAUUACUUGCCAAUACUUUUCUUUGUUUCAAAAUUUUCAAUUUUUGAAAAAGUGGCUAUAUGUUUUAAAACGUGAUCACUGUUAAAAAUGCAACUGCUAACCACUAGCCUGUUACAAAAUUGUUUAAUUUUGCACUGCAAUCUGUCCAUCGCACAGGGUUAUUAAAAUGCUUAAAAACUCCAGGAUGUUGGAAAAAAAUAAGCAAGUUUUCAUAACUUCACAUAAUUACAAAUAUAGCUAUUAACAUUUAUCGGUCUGAAAGUAUUUCUUGUUUGCUUCCCAUCUGGUAUAAUUACAAUGAUUAAUUAUUGUUAUAAUCAAUGAUUAAUUACAUCUAAAAUUUAAAAAUACGACA